CACGUGUUUUUAGCGUAUUUUCUAUUUGUUUACAACUUUCAGCAUUUUACACCCGGAAGGAGUUCUUGGGUUACGUAAAUCUGUUUGAAAUUGAACGUGUUUUUCGUUCUUAUUUCGCUGUCAACAUGCCACAUAUUGAUAACAAUAUUAAACUUGAUUUUAAGGAUGUCCUCAUUCGUCCAAAGAGAAGCACAAUUCGCAGCAGAGCAGAUGUUGACCUUUCUUGGCAUGUUGUUCAUCGACAUUCAAAAAAAUCCUUUCCUGAAGAUGUGAUACCAAUCAUAGUUUCAAAUAUGGACACAACAGGCACAUUCACAAUGGCAAAAGAAGUUGCCAAGCACAAGAUGUUGACAGCCAUACACAAGCAUUACACCCUCGAAGAAUGGAAGAGUUUUGCUGCAGAAAAUCCUGAUAUCUUACCGUAUGUUAUUGCAAGUUGUGGAAUGAUGAAUAAAGAUGUAGAAAAAGUCACCACCAUUUUAAAUAACCUUUCCGAAAUUCGAGCUAUUUGUCUUGACGUUGCAAAUGGAUACUCAGAACGAUUCGUAGAGUUUGUCAAAGAAAUUCGCGCCAAGUUUCCAGAACAUAUAAUCAUUGCCGGUAAUGUUGUGACUGGCGAGAUGGUAGAACAACUUAUACUUAAUGGCGCUGACAUUAUAAAGAUUGGUAUUGGACCAGGUUCGGUUUGUACGACAAGAAAGCAGACAGGUGUUGGUUACCCUCAAGUCAGCGCGGUUCUAGAAUCGGCCGACGCCGCACAUGGGCUUAAAGGUCACGUUAUCUCGGACGGUGGAUGUACUUGUCCCGGCGAUAUUGCGAAGGCAUUCGGUGCUGGAGCUGACUUUGUCAUGUUGGGCGGCAUGUUUGCUGGACACGACCAGUCAGGCGGAGACUUGAUCGAGCGAGGUGGAAAGAAGUACAAAAUUUUCUACGGGAUGAGUUCUUCAACAGCGAUGCAAAAACAUGCAGGAGGGAUUGCCGAGUACAGGUCUUCCGAAGGAAAAACGGUAGAAGUUCCUUAUCGAGGUGACAUAAAGGACACUGUCUUGGAUAUGUUGGGUGGAUUGAGAUCUGCCUGUACUUAUGUCGGUGCAUCAAGAUUGAAGGAGUUAAGUAGAAGAACAACAUUUAUAAGAGUGUCGCAACAACUGAAUAAUGUAUUUGCAUAGCAGCAAAUAUCAAGAUAUAUUGUAGAAUUUUCAUGAAGAUAUCUAUGGCGUGCGCUGUUCGUAUCAUCCAGCGUGUUUGUUGGUUAUAAAAUAUAUUUGAAAUUUAAGGAGACUUGUCUAAUGUAUGAAUAUAAAAUUACAUGAUGUUCGUGAUCGAAUUAAGUACAAGAUAUUUUUCAGAAACUUCUA